AUGGCACACACUGCGUCCGCUGCCUGCAUUCUGUGUAUCGGCUUCUCCAUGGUCUCCUGUGUGCCCACCACCAGCAGCGAAGUUAAUCUAUUGGAUACGUCCACAAUCCUGGGAGAGUGGGGCUGGCUGACGUACCCGCCGCAUGGGUGGGAUUCAAUCAAUGAGAUGGACGAGUUCUUCAGCCCCAUACACACCUACCAAGUGUGCAACGUGAUGACCCCCAACCAGAACAACUGGCUGCGAACGAAUUGGGUACAAAGGGACGGCGCUCGGCGAGUGUAUGCUGAGAUCAAGUUCACCCUGCGAGAUUGUAACAGCAUGCCGGGGGUGCUGGGGACGUGUAAGGAGACCUUCAACCUCUACUACAUGGAGAGUGACCGAGAUCUGGGCACCAGCACACGGGAGAGCCAAUUCAUGAAGAUUGACACCAUCGCUGCAGACGAGAGUUUCACCAGCGUGGAUCUGGGCGUUCGUAGGCUGAAGCUGAAUACGGAAGUGCGUGACGUCGGCCCGCUGAGCAGACGGGGAUUUUAUUUGGCGUUUCAGGACAUUGGGGCGUGUAUUGCCAUAGUGUCUGUGCGGGUCUACUUCAAGAAGUGUCCAUCUAUGGUCAGGAACCUGGCCGCCUUCUCCGAGGCCGUGACCGGGGCCGAUUCUUCUUCCCUGGUGGAGGUGCGUGGAGAGUGUGUGGGCCAUUCCGAAGAGAGAGACACCCCGAAGAUGUACUGCAGUGCUGAGGGCGAGUGGCUCGUUCCCAUCGGGAAGUGUGUGUGUAGUGCAGGAUUCGAGGAACGCAGCGAUUCCUGUGUAGCCUGUGACCUGGGAUACUACAAGGCCUCCCCGGGGGACCAACUGUGCUCCAAGUGUCCGCCCUUCAGUCACUCCGACACCUUGGCUUCCCAGAUCUGUGACUGUGACCCCAACUAUUACCGGGCAAUGAGUGACUCUCCCACCUCCGCCUGUACACGUCCUCCCUCUGCUCCAUUCAAUUUAAUCUCGAGUGUAAAUGGCACAACAGUAACCCUGGAGUGGAACCCACCACGGGACACAGGUGGGCGCAGGGAUGUUACCUACAACGUUAUUUGCCGUCGCUGUGCUUGGGAUGCCGGACAGUGUGAGCCCUGCGGGGGAGGUGUCCGCUAUACUCCUCAACAGAUGAGUCUAGCAAAGACCUCCCUAAUUGUAGCCAAUCUCCAGGCCCACAUGAACUAUACCUUCUGGGUGGAGGCCGUCAAUGGCGUCUCUGACUUCAGCUUGGAGCAACGGAUGUUCUCCACCGUGAAUAUAACUACCAAUCAGGCAGCCCCUUCUCAGGUAGUCGCCAUUCGUAAAGAGAAGACUUCACAGAACAGCAUUACGCUCGUAUGGCAGGAACCCGACCAGCCCAACGGAAUUAUUCUGGAAUAUGAGAUCAAAUACUUUGAAAAGGACAAGGAGAUGCAGAGUUAUUCCACCCUGAAGGCCAAGGAAACCAAGGCUGUAGUGACCAGCCUCAAACCAUCCACCUGCUAUGUCUUCCAGGUCAGGGCCCGAACCUCAGCUGGCUGUGGCAAGUUCAGCCAAACUGUAGAGAUUGAGACGAGUAAAGCAACGGCCCUGAGAUACGACACCAUGACCAUCGUGUGGAUCUGUCUGACGCUAAUCACGGGUCUGGUCAUUCUCCUGACUUUUUUAAUCUGCAAAAAGCGGCAUUGUGGGUACAGCAAGGCCUUCCAGGACUCUGAUGAGGAGAAGAUGCAUUAUCAGAAUGGACAAUUAACCUUUACAGAGCCCAAACUCUAUGUGGACCCCCACACAUAUGAGGACCCCUGCCAGGCCGUCCAUGAAUUCGCCCGGGAGAUUGAGGCAUCCAGAAUUAAGAUUGAGAAAAAAUAAUUGGUUCUGGGGAGUUUGGAGAGGUCUGUUAUGGUCGUCUGAAACUCCCAGGAAAGCGGGAAAUCUCGGUGGCCAUCAAGACAUUAAAAGUUGGUUACAGUGAGAAGCAGCGAAGAGACUUCUUGAGCGAAGCUAGCAUCAUGGCCCAGUUUGAUCACCCCAAUGUCAUUCAUCUUGAAGGUGUAGUGACCCGAAGUAAGUUAACAAUGAUUGUGACGGAGUACAUGGAGAAUGGCUCUCUGGAUUCAUUUCUCAGGAGCCGGGAUGGUCAGUUCACCAUAAUUCAGCUGGUUGGCGUGUUGCGGGGAAUCUCUUCAGGCAUGAAAUAUCUCUCUGAUUUGGGAUUUGUCCAUCGGGAUCUGGCCGCUCGGAACAUUCUGGUCAACAGCAACCUGGUAUGUAAAGUUUCUGACUUCGGCCUGUCCCGGAUUCUGGAGGAUGACCCUGAAGCUGCCUACACCACCACAGGCGGUAAAAUUCCCAUCCGCUGGACGGCACCAGAAGCCAUCACCUACCGGAAAUUCUCCUCUGCCAGCGACGUGUGGAGCUACGGAAUCGUCAUGUGGGAGGUCCUGGCGUAUGGCGAGAGACCGUACUGGAACAUGACCAACCGAGAUGUAAUAAAUUCGGUAGAGGAAGGUUACCGUCUUCCGGCUCCCAUGGGAUGUCCAACGGCGUUACACCAACUCAUGCUGGACUGCUGGCAGAGGGACCGCAAUGAGCGCCCCCGAUUCUCCCUGAUUGUCAGCAUUCUGGACAAACUCAUCCGCAACCCGGAACACCUGAAACUGAGCGCAACCGUCAACCGUCUGCUGUCUCCUAGAUUCACCCACCCGCGGCUGGACCGGGGACUCUUCGAUUUUGCCAGUUGUGCCACAGUGGGUGACUGGCUGGACUCCAUCAAGAUGAGCCAGUACAAGCAGAACUUCGUGAUGGGCGGCUACCGCACCCUGGGGAUGGUCAUGCGGAUGAAUAUAGAGGACAUUCGGAGACUUGGCAUCACUCUGAUAGGACACCAGAAGAAGAUCCUUACCAGUAUCCAGAUCAUGAGGGCUCAGCUCAUCAACACAUUAGGACCCAGAAUGCACUUGUGA